GUUGUGAGCCAAGCGAGGGGGGAACGUGUCGCUCGACUAAUUGUUGUUCAUACGUAUGGUGCCGAGAGUCGUGAAGGUCUAGCAAUUCAAGCUGACGCUUUGUGGUUACCGGGAAAUAUGAUGGCUCCAAUUCAUGACCGCGUAGUCUACUCGCCGUUCCCAAGUGUGGAAAUUCCCGAGUGCUCUUUCUACACUCUGGCCAAAAAGCAACUGCUGGUGAAUCCUGACAAACUAUUACUGGUCAGUGAUGUUGUCAGCCUCACGCGGAAGGAAACGCUGGCUCACAUGGAGCGAUAUGCUAUUGGUUUCCGGAACAACGGCGUAGCUCCUGGUCACCGCAUCUGCAUCCACCUGGACAAUGGAGUGGAAAAUCUGGUAGCUAUUUAUGGCUGCAUUUUGGCUGGGGCAGCCGUCGUUUUAGCAAAACCUUCGCUCACUGAAAAUCAGCUACGCUACCAGUGUGAAGAUAGCCAGAGUACGCAUAUUCUCACUGAACAGAAGUACACCGAAAAAGUGGUCAUAACAGCGGCGGCGCUCGGCAUGAAGGGUAUUUUCUGUAUGGGUCCUGCCCCAGGGUUCAUAUCCACACCGAAGUUCUUGAACUUAGACGAGCGAGACUUCUCGGAGGUGCCCGUUGAAAAGCCUCGCGACACAGUGCUCGCCAUUAUUUACACAUCUGGAAGCACUGGCUUGCCAAAGGGAACAGAGAUAACGCAUUACAACUACGUGGCAGCGUUCUACUGUACAACCCAACACCUACCUUGGUCAAGUUCAGACAUAUUACUUGCAUCCUCGUCUAUUACUCACCAAACAGGUAUGAUGUUUACCAUGUGGAGUGCCCUGGGCGGUACCAUCAGCGUCAUAACGCCAUCCACACUAACGCCCCUGGAGUUUAUGGAUACCAGUCAUAAAUACAAGGUGACGACAGCAUUCCUAUUUCCCACACAGCUUCAAGCUGUGGUGCGUGAGAUGCGUCACUUAGGAAGAAGGUUACCAACUGUCCGCAGAAUUGGUACUGGCGGCAGCGUGGUUCCGGCAUCCGUAGCAAAAGCAGCCUAUGAAACAUUCAGUGGUCUCGAGCAACUCUUUAAUCUAUAUGCCAUGACGGAGUCUUGCGGUGUUUUGACGGCUCAUCCGAAGUCUUCCAAAUGUCAAAACAGUACGAGUGUUGGAAUUCCUGCAACCGGAGUCACUCUGAAGAUUGUCGACGUCAGCACCCGUGAAAAACUCGGCCCACACCAGAUAGGGGAAAUUUGCUUUCGAACUCCGUCUAUGGUGAGAGGAUACUACAAAAGGCCACGUGAAUCUGCCGAGCUGUUCGACGAAGAUGGAUGGUGCAAAUCGGGUGACGCUGGGUACUACGACGAGGAUGGAUGCUUAUAUUUUUCUGAACGCCUCAAGCAAAUGAUCAAGUGCAUGGGCAACCAAGUUGUUCCAUCUGAGCUUGAAGAACUGUUGCUCCGCAUGCACCCCACUCAGAUAGCCGAGGUUUCUGUGGUAGGACUGAACCACUCGGAUUACGGUGAAGCUCCAGCGGCUGCCGUCGUUCUGACAGAAGAAGGCAAGAAGCAAGACCUUACCACUUUCGUCAACGACGUAAAGACCACUGUUUCAAAUAACCUUCCUGUGCAUAAGCACCUCUACGGAGGCGUUUUUAUUGUGGACUGCCUACCGAAGACCGAGACUGCAAAAGUUAACAAACCAGCACUGGCUCGUUCUCUGGCAUGUCAGUAAAACAGAUGUCUGCAAAAUCAAAAAUAAAUAUUUGUUUCC